CGCCUUGACUACAUUUCCCAUGAAUGACGCAAGCAGCGCGUCUAAACUCUCACUAACACACAAACGAGACGAAUUAUUACACACAGCCGCUUGGAGGAAGAUGAGGAUAAAGGAGAUACUAAGGACAGCGACCCAAGCAUGGAGUCCUGCAAAACAACAUCCAGCACACCUGGCUCUGGGUACUGCUGCCCAGCAGCUGGACGCUUCCUUCAACACCAGCUCUGCGCUGGAGAUCUUCGAGAUGGAUUUUGCUGAUACAUCCAUGGACAUGAAGCUCAGAGGAUCUCUGCCCACCUCCAGCAGGUUUCACAGUUUGAUUUGGACAGCGUUUGAUACGGAGGGUAAACAUUUAUCUGGGUGCCUGAUUGGAGGCAGCGAGAACGGAAGCGUGACCGUCUACAGUCCGGACGCUAUUCUGAGCGCAGGAGACGACGCCGUGAUCGGACAGUCCAACAAACACACGGGUCCUGUGCGAGCGCUCGACUACAACCGCUUCCAGAGUAAUCUCAUCGCCUCAGGAGCCAACGAUUCUGAAAUAUACAUCUGGGACUUAAACAGUUUCAGUAAUCCAAUGACACCAGGAGCAAAAUCACAGCCAGCAGAGGACGUCAGCGUGGUAGCGUGGAACAGUCAGGUGCAGCACAUCCUGGCAUCCGCCAAUCCCAGCGGAAAAGCCGUAGUGUGGGAUCUGAGGAAGAACGAACCUAUCAUUAAAAUCAGUGACCACAGCAACAGGAUUCACUGUUCUGGGAUGUUGUGGCAUCCGGACGUGGCCACUCAGCUGGUUUUAGCAUCAGAGGAUGACAGACUUCCUGUGAUACAGAUGUGGGACCUUCGGUUUGCAACCUCACCACUUAAAGUUUUGGAGAACCACACCAGAGGGAUUCUUUCAAUCUCGUGGAGUCAGGCCGACCCUGAGCUGCUGCUGAGCAGUGGGAAAGACAAUCGCAUCUUGUGCUGGAACCCAAACACUGCGGAGGUGAUUUACGAGCUGCCCACAGCCAAUCAGUGGUGUUUUGACGUGCAAUGGUGUCCUCGUAACCCCGCCCUCCUGUCAGCCGCAUCAUUUGAUGGGCGGAUCUGUGUGUACUCUAUUAUGGGAGGGCGUCUUCAACAGCAUCAACACAGUACAGUGGAUCAGAUCUCCGCUUCAUUCGACACCAACGACCCAUUUGGAACGGGUCAGACUCUUCCACCUCUACAGGUUCCUCAGCCCACAGUAGAGACCACCAUCAUCCCUCCUCUGACAAAGCCGCCUAAGUGGGUACGGAGGCCCGUAGGCGCUUCAUUCGCUUUCGGUGGGAAACUGAUUACAUUUGAGAACCCUAAACAGCAGCAGCAGCAGUCGACCCAGCCGAUCCCUCAUCACGUGUACGUCAGUCAGGUGACCACAGAGACGGAGUUUCUGGAGCGCUCGACCGAGCUGCAGUCGGCCCUACAGUCCGGAUCUUUUUCCAGCUACUGUCAGAAGAAGAUGAAGAGCGCAUCCUCCGAUGCCGAGCAGGACAUAUGGAAAUUCCUCAUGGUGAACUUUGAAGACGAAGCUCGUGUGAAGUUCUUGAAGCUGUUGGGAUUUAGUAAAGAUGAGCUGCAGAAGAAGAUCUCUGCAUGUUUGGGAAGGAACCUGCAGCCCAAUGGUUUAGAUGUGAAUGCUUUGGCUGAAAAGAUGCAGUCGCUUUCUGAUCAGAUGGCAGAUGAAUCGGGCGUCGCUGGUGGUGAUUCCCAUGCAGAUUUCUUUACUCAGCUUCCUAAGAAAGAGAAAGAAUCGUACCGCAUCCCUGUGUCCUCAGACACAGAUGGAUUGAUCAGUCAGGCCCUGCUGGUCGGUAACUUUGAGGGAGCCGUAGAUCUGUGUUUAAAUGACGGACGUUUCGCUGAAGCCAUCCUCCUGUCGAUCAGCGGAGGGGAGGAGCUACUGAAGAAGACCCAGCAGCGGUACCUUAAGCAACAAACCAACAGCGUCUCCAUGUUAAUCUCAUCAGUGGUGACACAGAACUGGCGUGAUAUCGUUCAGAGCUGUCAGCUGGAUAACUGGAAGGAAGCGUUAGCCGCCCUGCUCACAUAUGCCAACCCAGAAGAGUUUGCGCCUCUGUGCGAUACUCUCGGCUCUCGUCUGGAGGCUGAAGCGACAGAGAAACGAUGUCUACAGGCGUGUCUGUGUUAUAUCUGCUCUGGAAACAUCGAGCGUCUGGUGGAGUGUUGGACGUUUCAGAGAGAUUGUUCUUCUCCUCUUACACUGGAGGAUCUGGUGGAGAAGGUGAUGAUUCUGCGUAAAUCAAUUGAGCGUUUGCGCAGCGGUGAAGUUUGUGUUCGGAGCUCAGCGCUGACAGAAAAACUCAUCCAAUAUUCCAGCAUUCUGGCAUCAGAGGGAAGUUUAAGUGCUGCGCUCAGCUACCUGCCCGAAAACUCCGACCAGCCGGGUGUAAGGAUGUUGAGAGAAAGAUUGUCUCAUGCAAAGGGUGAGAGACUGCAGAGACAACAACCAUCAGGACCAGCAGGAGGAGCCAAACCAUCAAGCAUUACAAACACACACGCACCAUCGGCAGCCACAACACACACACAGGGGCAGUACCCACCUUCAGUGCCUUCUCAGAUGCCCAUGCCAGGGCAACAGCCAAUGCCACGUCUCUUUACCCCUCAGCAGGUUCCUGAUUCUGGCCCUGCUGGAGUUUCACGCCCGGGUUUGAGACCGGCAUACCCGCAACACCCGGCCACAGCGUCAGGUUUCCCCCCCUCUCAGCCAUUCACAUCGCAGUCAGGACCUCUGGGUGCACCUGUUGGUUUUAUGUCUGGUCCACAGAUGCCCCCCUCCAGCCUGUCAGGCCCCUCUGUUGCCCCCUCAUCUCCACCAGGACCCCUGAUGCCAGGUAACGUCCCGAGAAUGGGUGCCCCACCUGCGCCAGGAUUCAUUUCACCCACCUCUAUGCCAGGAGGAGCACCUGUAUUUCCAACAGCGCAGCACGCUCAUGGCCCUGCGCCGUAUCCACCUUUAGGCUCGGGGUAUCCACAGGGGGGUCCGGGAGCUCCGGGGGCCAAAAGUUUCAGUUCUGCUGGUGUCCAUCCUCCACCUACAGGUGUUCAGGACGGGUGGAACGACCCUCCAGCUUUACGUGCAGCUUCACGGAACCGGAAGUUAUCAGAGAACUACACCCCUCCUGCCCCCAUCACCGCCCCUGUGAUGGGUUAUCCUGUAGAAGCCCCUGUGUCUCAGGACAGAGUUCAGGUGCCACCCGGUGCCCCUCAGGAGCCCAACAUACGGUCUUUGCGUCAGCUUCCUGCGGAGUGUGUGGAACAGAAAGAGAUUCCUGCUGAACACAUGAUACUGAAGACCACCUUCAGCAGCCUGGUGCAGCGCUGUCAACUGACCGCCACAGAUCCGCAAACUAAGAGAAAACUGGACGAUGCCUUGAAACGCCUGGAGAGUCUUUAUGACAAACUGAGAGAUCAGGCACUGUCACCCAGCAUCCUCGCCGGCCUGCACGAGAUCAGCCGCUGCAUCGCCGCACGCAACUAUCAGCGCGGUCUGGAGGUCCACACGCAGGUGGUGAGCAGCAGUAACUUCAGCGAGAUCUCAGCGUUCAUGCCCGUUCUCAAAGUUCUCAUGACCAUCGCCAAUAAACUAGCCGUCUGAACCCAGCGCCAUCAUC